UUCGUCGUAUCUUGAUGCAACAGACAUAUUUUCGUUACCGAGCGAUAAGCGAACGAUCAGAAAUGAGAGAUACCGUGUCGAAGGUGAAAGUUUACGAGGUAAUCACGCAUGCUUAGAAUUUCGAGCCGGAAAAUUUUGGAAAAUCGCGUUGUUAUCUCCGACAGCUUGAAAUAUAUAAGAGCGUGAUCGGUCUUCCAACAUUAUUCGGUUCUAUCCGUUCGACAGAGGGUAUCAAGCGGGUAUGCGGUUGCUAACGACAGUCUUCGUCCUCAUCAGCCUGGCAACGGCGUCGUCGUCGUCGCAUGGCUACGGCAUGAGGCAAUCGAACGACCUCACCGUCAACGAGAAAUUUCUGAACGGCGUGCACACAGCGGUCCACGAUCUAACAGAGUCCACGAUACUGAAGAAGAAAGCCGUGAUCGAGGCUGCGAACGCCAUCGCUACGGGCAAACUCGGUAUCCUGAACGGCCUCAAGCUCACCGACAAUCGGCUCGUCAAGACCGUCGUUGAUCUAACAUUGGCGUUGCUCGAGGCCCUCAAGGCUGCGGCACUCGAAUUCGUCGAAACGUUCGCGAACAAAGCGAUGCUUAUGCUGAACAAAUCUCCGAUCGGCGAUCUCGCCGGUCUCAUGGAAUCGCCGUUGUUCGGCUUCGCGAUCGACACUUUGUUGCCGUUUUUGUCGCAGGCAGAGACAACGAACGCGAACGUCGAGGACGCCGCGGAACGAUUUUAUUACAAUCGAAGACGAUUAUCGUAAUCAGAUUGUUCGAAUCUGUUCGAUAAAUUCAUUCGCUUCGCGUUAAUUGUGGCAUCGCGCGGCAUUUUCUGUAUGCUACGAAUAGGAAGAAUGUGUGCGCGUCGCAUUCGAAUCGCAUUGCCAAUCGAUUUCAAACGCGAUUGAAAUUCCUAGCAUCGUCUCCUAGUUUCGCAGAAACGAACGCGCGCGUUAAUUGUUUAUUACCGAACAAGUUGUUCCAUUGGGUCAAUUAACAACUAUCCUUCAGUCAUUCGGUUCUUCAAGUUCGUGUAAUUUCGCGUCAAAUGGUAUUAACAGUUCGAGUCCCGAGCAGCGCGAUCGCGCUGUUGAGAUUUUAUGUCGAGAAAACACGAAUUGUCGAAGCGCGCUCAGAUUUACCGAAG